UAUCAGCAGGGGAGAAACAGACACUCCAACACACACUUGCACACACAGAUUAGCGCAGGACCGUCAUACACACAACACUCUUCCUGGGAUAUGAACCCUCUCAUCCUCACCUGUCUCCUGUGCUUCGUAGUCUCCGGUGCUCUAGGUGCUCAGGGAUCUGAGGCCACGUUCUCCGGUGAACUAGCCGGAGUGACCGGGGGUCCGGCCUCCGGGGAGGGCCUCCCAAGUUCGCUGAGUGACGAUGACGAGCUGGAAGUAGACGAGGAUGUUUCAGGAGGAGACACUGAAAAUAUCGACAUAUUAGAGUUACAUCCCGGUAAAGAUGAGAAGAAGAAAAGAAAGGGCAAAGGCAAGAGGAAGAACAGGCACAGGAGCAAAAGCACGACUCCUCUCAACCCUGCACACACUUUCUUCACCGACACGUCGACUCUCAGCACCACAGAGGACCCCUGCACCUCCACCCACCUGACCUACUGCAUCCAUGGUUACUGCAAGUUCAUAGAGGGCCUUCAGGAGCCAGUGUGCAUAUGCAUGAAGGGUUACGAUGGGGAGCGCUGUGGGAUCCAAACUCUGGGGACCAUUAAAACCAAGUCCGAUCAGAUCAACAACACCGAGCUGGUGCAGACGGUCUUAGUGAUCAUCGCUGUGGUCCUGUCGGUCAUCAGCUGCACUGCCAUCCUGCUCAUGACCUGCGCUCAUUACAGAUCACAUAAAAAUUUCUUGGCAUCCUACCUGGGAACUGGGACGGAGCAGGAGAAGCUACAGAAACCCAUCGGGGACGUUGUGGUGUGAGGGCGUCGAGUUACGAUGAGCCAGCUGCACAAUUGGAAGACGAAGCGGACCAGAGGAGUCUGAGGACCUGAGAAGGCAGUAGACUGCUUCAUUAGAUGCUGUGUCUAAAACACACUGUCAAGAAUUUGUUAGAAUGUAAUUUAUUUAGUGUGAUUAUUUAUUGCUAACGACUGUAUGAAUGUUUGUAUGUUGGACUUGUUAUGAUGUCUGUUAUGUGCAAAAUAUGUGCGGUUUGGUUUUAUUUAUUGCACUGCUGUUGUUAUAGGUCAGAGAAAUGCUCUUCAUCUCACUCUGGAAAAGGGAUGGAAUUUGAUCACCAAUAAAGUGUCUCAGUGUUA